UUCGUUCGUUCACACCAACAUGUCGCGGUCUCUUCGCCGCGGCCUCCUAACGGCGGCAGCUGUUUGGGCGGUAUCUGCGGCGGCCGGCAGCGAGUGGGAUCGUAAACACGACGAUGACCACAAGUGGCUGGCCUCGACCGUUGUCGUCACGAGCACUGUCUUGGUCGACCUCAAGGACGUCGACUUGAAGUGUCAGCGGGGUGAAAUCGUCUGCGGUCCCACCCCUCCGCCAUUCCCCGACCCAAAGCCGCCCUGCCACCAGUGUGAGGAGAAGUGGCACACGGAGGAGGGCAACAAGGACAAUGGCAACAACGGAGCCUGGAACAAGGGCGAGGAGAACAAGGACGAUGGCAGCAAGGAGGGAUGGAACAAGGACGAGGGCAACAAGGACGAGUGGAACAAGGAUCCCGAGGAUUCUUACCACGGCCAAUGGGAGGGUUGCUCCCACGACAAUCACUGCCCGGAAAAUUGCAACUGCAGCCCCCAGGCCAUCUGCGAAAACACGGCUGAGGGACCCCAGUGCAAGAGCAGCACUGACUGCGAGUCCGGUUACAUGUGCAACUCCUACGGUUACUGUCAGCCCAUUCCCGGCCCCCGCUGUCAUGAGAAGGCUUGUGAGAUCGAGGAGGGAUCCAACUGCAACGACAACAAGGACUGCUCCCAUGGUGAGGUUUGCAACCACCACGGCUUCUGCCAGAAGGUUGUUUUCCCCGACUGCGAGAACAACUGGGACUGCAAGCACGGCCAGGUAUGCACACACAGAGGCAUUUGCAAGACCAUCGACGAGGACCAAUGCUCGUGCGAUACCGACUGCGGCGACGGACAGAUCUGCAACUCACAGAGAGUCUGCGAGGACGUCGUCUGCCCCAAGUGCCAGUGGGAGAACGAGUGUGAGCACGAAGAACUCUGCCACGAGGGAUACUGCAAGCCUAAAGAGAAGAAAUGCGAGGACAAGCACGACUGCGAGCACGGCGAGACCUGUGACUGGGAGGGCAAGUGUCGCCGAGGCGAUCACUCCAAAUGCGAAGUCGACUCGGAGUGCAAGCACGGUCAGAUCUGUGAUAUCCACGGCAGAUGCCAGCACCGCCCCAAAGGAGAUGGCUGCGGAUCUGAUGCGGACUGCGAAUCCGAAGAAUUCUGCAAUGCCUAUGGAUACUGCGAGAAGGACCGCGAGGAUCCCGAGGAGCGGUGCAGGAGGGAUGAGCAGUGCCUCCCUGGCGAGAUCUGCUCUCACCACCGUUGUGUUCCUAGGCUUGGUUGCCAGAGGGACAGGGAUUGUAACGACGGCGAAGUCUGUGAGAACAACCUUUGUGUCAACAGGAGGUUUUGCCUAGUCAACGCGGAUUGCGAGGAUGACGAGGAAUGCAGAGACGGCGAGUGCCGCAGGAAUUCCGAGUGUCACUUCGACUUCGAGUGCCCCGCAGAAGAGCGCUGCUCAGCCGAAGGCAGAUGCGAGCCCAGAGAGAGGACCUGCAGCUUCGACUUCCAAUGUGCAACAGACGAGCUUUGCGUUGGCGGUGAAUGCUUGACUGUCUGCGACGACCAGACAGACUGCCUGGCCAAUGAGAUUUGCGACGGCGGCGUCUGCCUCAGGAGGAGAUUUUGCACAGGCACGGCUCAGUGCCAAACCGGAGAAAUCUGCCAAAACAACUUUUGCGUCCCGAACGGGGGGCCCCUGACCUGCACGUUUGAUAUCGAAUGUGGCACCGGCGAGAUCUGCAACAACGGCCUGUGCGUGCUUCAGAGGACUUGCUUGCUCAACACCGACUGCCUGGCCAAUGAGCUUUGCAGCGGCGGCGUAUGCUUGACCCAGUGCGAUGACCAGACAGACUGCCAGGGCAAUGAGAUUUGCGACGGCAGCGUCUGCCUCAGGAGGAGAUAUUGCACGGGCGCAGGCCAAUGUCGGAUCGGAGAAAUAUGCUCGGACAACUUCUGCGAGCCGCUCUGUGGCAUUGAGAUGCGGCCUCACACUGACUGCGUCAACGGCUUCACGUGGGGGCACUACAAGCUUGCUCGAUCACCCGACGACACUACCACAGACCCGGGUACGAUCCCCAUCCAUCCCGCCGACGCUUUGGGUAUAGAAGCCUGGCCCGUCCUGACGUUCAGGCCGGAGAUUGCCCUCCAGGGCGAGACUCCCGAUGUCACCGGCCAGACGACGACUUUGGGUAUCGCGAAUCAAUGUCCCCCUGAUUUGGGCAACAUUUACGGCACCGAAACUGCCGCCGUUGAUUACACCAUCGUCCAGCACAUUGGGUACUUUGUUCCCGCCACCGCUGGUAGUUACACCCUCAACGCCCCAGCCGCGACCCUUGACCAGUCUGUCUACGUCUGGUUCGGUACCGCUGCUCAGACGGGCUUUACUAGCGGCAACGCAGAACUCAUCGCCGACGGCGACUGGCUCACAGGAUCCAACCUCGCGAUAUACGUCGUCAAUGCGGAAGAUGUUGGCACGUAUAUCCCGAUGCGAGUCCUGUGGGUCAACGCUCAGGACUGUGGAGAGUUCGAUCUCCAAAUCACGGAUCCUAACGGUAAUGUCCUCGUCUCGCGGGGCACUGCGACGGCCGAUGGGGAGUUUGUUUCCGACUGUGCCGUUAACGCCGCCCUCCCGCCCAUUGCCUUUUAA